AUGUAUAUAUUUUCUCGAAUAAACCAUUUACGUGUACGUUCAGAACAAGCCAAAGUACCUAUAGAUGAACAAAAUCUUAUAAUAAAGUUAGCAAAGAAAAUUCUUGAUAGUCCAUUAAAAAUUUUAGCAAUUGAUUUUGAUAAAACAUUGAUCGAUGAUGAUAGCGGACGUUCAAUGAGCUUUGAAAAUAUUUAUAUUCGUAAUCAAUUUUUUUGGCUUAUUAAAUAUUUAAUGCAACAUAAAUGGAUUUGCAUUGCUAGUUUUAACGAAAAUACACCAACGAAAUUCAAUGAACAUCUUGGUAUCGUUACUCAAACUGUAGUUCGGCGUCUUUUAAAAAUAACCGAUAAAAAUAUAUCACGUCAUUCAAUCAAUAAACGACUUGCUGAUCAAUAUAAAAUUAUAAUACAAUCCUAUCCUAGUCGAUCAUAUGGAAAAAUAGAACAUAUACAAAGUUGUAUUGAACAAAUUCAAGAAAUAUCUGCAUUUACAGUCGAUAUUCAACCAUUUCAUGUGGCUCUUUUCGAUGAUAAUGAAAUGAAUAUAAAAGAAGCUAAAAAAUAUUUUCCAGCUGUAUUAAUUCCAGUCAAUGAAUUUAAUGCAAAGUUACAAACAAUAGAACCCAUGAUACCAUUAAUUGAUCAAAUUACAAAGCAAGCAUGGAAUGAAUAUGAAAAAAUAAAAACAAAAAGAAAAUACUCAAGGGGCGAUCGAUUGCAAAGAUCUGAAUCCUGA